AAGUCAUCGUAAUUUCACGAGGAAUAGUUUUCCUCGUUAAAUUUCCUUGCUAAAACUGUGUUUUCUUGUAGUGAAACAGAUUGUGUCCCUCAGUGUAACUCUCUCAUCACAUAUGCCAUUGGAAUGUAGAGGAGGUUACCACAAACUUGACGAACAUCGCCAUAUCAUCAUAAAAAAGGACACAGACAAAGUAUAUUAAGAUCUAUAGGAGCAAACACUCAUUCGCCAAGUAAUACAUUUAUUUGAUGAAUCUUACAAACAUUAGUUUGAAUGCAGUUUACAUGAUUUUUAUGUUCAUCAGAGUCUGAAUACCUAGCCAGAAAGCAAACAAUUAAUAUCAUCCUGAAGUUUCUUUAAAUCAUCUGAAUUUAUAGAUAUAUUUAUAUGACUAAGAGGUGUGUCUUUUUUGGGCACAUAACUUUCGAUUGUAGAAUUCAUUUUAACAUAACUCCGAACAAUAUAUUCCCUCCGUUCCACAGAGAUAAACUUUUUAAUAUUUUCGUACAUAUUAAGAAAACACAUUAAACUAUCAUAAUAAAUGUAUCGUUUUCUGUAAUUUUCAAUUUUCAAUAACUUUUAACCAAUAGUAAUUCAAUAAAGUCAAUUAAUUUUCUUGAAGUUUACAAUUUUUCAUAGAAAACACAAAAAAUACAUCCCUUUGAAACAAACUUUUUUUCUAAAAAGUCUAUCAUUAAGGAACGGAUGGAGUAUAAUCCAUUUUUAUCUAAAGAAAUAUAUAUUUAUAUUUUAAUGGAUGCACGAAAAAAUUCCCUUUUAAUAACAAUAAAUAAGAUUUUAUGAUAAAUAAUCGUCCUUUGGUUUUGUGCUAAACCUCGCUUCUGGUCUGUCCCGAUCCCGACCCGGCCAAACCGGGAAAAUAGGCUCGUUCCGACCGAACACGCUUCUUCUCUCUCACUUCUGUGUCAGAUGAUUGCGAUCAGAAACAGAUAUUUCGUUAAAGAUAAUCCCAAAAUAGGAAAAGUUUUGGAAAUGGUGGAAGUUUUAAGUUAGCCACGCGAGAGAUAUUGAAAACAUGUGGCUAGUGUUGUGCAAAGAGACCGAGUCACCCGAGCAUCUUCUCCCUCACGCCCACUCGGACCUAACCAACCAAACCUCGCCACGUUAUCUAUAAUCCGAGUUCCCGUGAGUUAGGGAUCUUUACUUGAAUGAACCAGACAUGACCGCAGAGUCACACAUACCCACACACACACAAGUUUUGUCGUCCCCUCGUAUGGAAUCCAUUGUGGGGCGACACAAACAUAAUAUCUUCUUUUGCUUCUGCUCUUCUUGAUCUUCUGUCAAGAUUCGUUUUAGCUCCCAAAAUAUAUUAAAAAAGAAAAUAUUAUAAUCAUUUGGACGUGGGAUUGAUCUAAAGUGUUGUUAGAUCUUUGAUAUUCAGAAGGUACAUAAAAGAAAGAAGAUCGAAAGAUGGGAGGAAUGAAAGAUGAGGCAAAUAGGAUAACAAUUCCUCCAUUGUUCCCAAGAGCUCAUGUCAAUGAUACUGGAAGAGGAGGCUUGCCUCAGCCAUUUGCUGGCAAAUCAAAACGUUACCCUCUUCCUUCUCCGACCAACAAGAUCUGUGAUUCUCCUUCCACACUCUCUCUGUCUCUUGCUCCCCAAGCCAACAACACCCGUCUCCAUGGUCGACCUGAAAAGAGUCAGUUUACACAAAUCUGCAACACUUCUCCAGCAUCAAAGUUUGAGGGGAAGGUGAAUCAUCCAAGUGCCAGAGGAUCAUCAGUUACUAAUACUAAGUCUAGUUCAAUAAUACAAAAUGAGUACCAUUUCAAGAACCUUACCAACUUGGAUUCUCUUAAGGUUCCUCUAGUUAGACGCUCGGAAACAAAUCCACAAGCAAACACAGAUUUAUCACUCCAGUUUUGUAAUAGUAGUAGCUGCAUAGAUGGAGGAGGUGGAGUAGCUGCUGGUUCCAAGGUUGCCCUGAACAAUCUUCACAUUCGAGAAUUACUUUUGCAAGAUGAAAGCAAGAGAGGGUCUCUUAACAUGAUGAAAACUCAGUUGUAUAGGAGAAGAGCCCUUGAUGUAUUUAACAUUGAAACUCAAAAAAAGCUCAAAACUGUGCCUCCACGUGAACAAGAUGUCUCAGACUCUUCUGCAAUAGACUCUUUGUCUGGUAUCGGUGCUUCAUCUAAUGAUGUUGCUAGAGUGAUAGGUGACAAGAUGUUUUGGAAGAUGAGAACUUAUAUGAUCAACCAGCAGAAGAUCUUUGCAGCACAAGUCUUUGAGCUUCAUAGGCUGAUAAUGGUUCAAAAGAUGGUUGCAAAAUCACCAAACCUGGUUCUUGAAAGUAAGCUUAAUGGCCUAAGAAGGGGUACAAUGGUUGCUUCAAAGGUUAAGAAACCAAACACAGAGAAUCACAAACCUGUAACCGAAGAAUAUCCAGAACAUAUGAAACCAAAGCUUCCUCUGCCUUCCAUAACCAACGAGCUUAUGAAACCGAUUUGGCAACAACAGCUACUUCCUCCUCCUGGAAACCAAUGGUUAGUUCCGGUAAUGUCUCCUUCAGAAGGUCUGGUCUAUAAACCAUACGCAGGACCAUGUCCUCCUCCUCCCUCAGCCUUCAUGGUUCCAAUCUAUGGACAAGAUUCGCCCAACACAUCAGCAUUCAAGUUCCCUGUUUCUACUCAGUUUAGCCACAACUACUUCCCGCAGCCUAACGCUAGGACAGCAGUACUUGACCAGACAAACCCGUUUGGUCAGCUUCAAAGAUGGUCUAGCACAUCGAGCCACAUGACUCAAGCCAUUCCAUUUUCUUUAAAGAAGUCUCAGGAAUCUAAUGACAGUGAUGUACAUGGAAGUACAGCUUCAAGUCCACCAGAGAAGCCUAAAUUCGAUGUACUUCCUCUAUUUCCUACAGAGCCUACUCAUCACAAUGAUGAGCAUGAGCAUGAGCAGAAACAGCAACCUCUGCACCGUGCCAUUAAAGCCAUUCCUCAUAAUUCAACAUCAGCCUCUGAAUCUGCUGCAAGAAUUUUCCGUUCCAUUCAAGAAGAAAGGAGGGACUCAGAUCAUAUGAAUAGUUAGUUUUUCUUUACUUUCAACAUUCCACAUUCUUUUUGCUCUAUAAUUGCUUCUUAAAAUCUAGUUAAGUUUUCCAGUGUAUUCUAUUUAAUCUUCAUGUGAAGAUGUAACAUAAAACAUACACACACACACACACACACAUAUACAUUGAUAUUGUAUUUGACAAACAGCUAAUAAAAGAGAGAAGUUUUUGUUCCAUUAAUAACAAUUCAGUU